UGUGAGAGACUGUCUUCUUCUUCGUCUUCGCUAUGGCCGUUGCUUUGCUUCUCAAUCGCGUUUUCCGGCGAAGAAAGAAGAAGUCUACUGAGUCUAUAAGCAGUAAGUAUUCACAUUCACCUUAUGCAGUUUACGAAUUCGAUUUCGACACUAUUAAAGCUGCAACAAAUAAGUUCUCAAAUCUGAUUGGUCGUGGCGGAUUUGGUUCUGUUUACAAGGGUAGGCUUCAAAGUGGACAAGACAUAGCAGUGAAGAUAUAUUUUACAAGUUCAAUCAGAGCUGAGAGAGAGUUUCAUAAUCAACUUGAUAUUUUGUCAAAGCUUAGGCACAAGAAUCUUAUCAAUCUUCUUAGUUUCUGCACUAAACGAGACCAGCAUUGCCUUGUUUAUGAGUUCAUGCCUAACUCAAGCCUUGAUCGUUUUAUACUAGAUCCACAUAGAGCUUCUCAGCUAAGUUGGGAGAUGUGUCGAAACAUUGUUGAUGGCAUAGCUUGUGGUUUACGUUAUCUUCACGAAGAAUCCGGGUCAUGGGUUGUUCACCGCGACAUUAAACCUAGUAAAAUUCUAUUGGAUUCAGAUCUAAAACCGAAGAUCGUGGGAUUUGGAUUGGCAAGGAUGAUGCAACAAGGUCAAAACGAAGCUGAAUCAACUGAAAUUGUUGGUACCGUAGGGUACCUAGAUCCAGAGUACAUGCGAAGCGGACGUGUUUCUGUCAAAUCUGAUGUUUAUGCCUUUGGAGUUACAAUCUUGACGAUCAUUAGCAGAAGGGAGGUUUGGAGUGUGGAUGGAGACACUCUAAUCGAAUAUGUUAUGAGAUGCUGGAACAGAGGAGAAGCCAUCGAUGUGAUCCAUGAAGUGAUGAGAGAAGAAGAAAGAGAAGACUCGAUUAGCGAAAUCUUGAGAUACAUUCACAUUGCUUUGUUAUGUAUCGAUGAGGAUGCAGAGACAAGGCCGAGUAUUGAUAAGGUUCUUCAUUGGUUUAGUUGUUUCUCUUCUCCUUUGCCUGAACCAUUCAUUGGUAAUCGGUUUCUUGCAGAGGAAGAAACAUAUCGGUCUUGGUCACUGUCUUUAUCUCCUGGUCAUAGCUCUCUCAUGUCACCCAUAUCUUCACGUUAACGAGAUUGAGCAUGAUCGUAUAAGAUUAGCUCUGCUUGAGUGCUCUAUUUAUAAGACUAGUGAGAGUUUAUAAUGUGAAUAACUGAGAAAUGAUCACGUAAUUUCCUGUUGUUUUCUUGAAUUG